UACUAGGUCGCAAGUUUCAACCGUCAGCGACUCCCAUCAUCCCCUGCUAGCCACGUGUCCCAGCAACAGUUCCCAAAACCAACUCCCAGCAAAAAUUCCGAUUCCGAUUCCGAAUUCCCAAACCCCCCCAUCCACAAUGAAUCAAUAAUAGAAUCUGGUCAAUAAUCCGCUCUGAAAUCUGAAUUACUCAGCACAAAACCCGAAAUUCCCAAAAUAUCCCUUGCUCUAUUGAUCGGAGCUGCAAUGUUUGUGUUUGAUCGCGUUGUGUGUUUUCUUGCGAUAUGGAUAAUAGGGUUAGGGAUUGGUGGUUUGGGUUUGGGGAAUGCGCUGAAGAUGCCGUUUAGAGUGAACGACGUGCUUCCCGUUCUGCCACGUGGCAUAUCGUGGCCAGUUCUAAACACGUUCCACAGCGCCGUCGAUUUGUUGCCGUAUUUUGUGGGCUCCGUCACUCCCUCCAAUGGCAGCAUUCAGUGGAAAGGUGCUUGCUUCUAUGAUAACACCGCCAAGCUUCAGGUCACCGCUUCUGACUUCGAUCAACCUGGUUUGGGUGGUGGCGUUCUCCAUCUCAAGUGUGACUGUGAGCAUGUUUAUCUACUAUUUGCUGAUGCUUGGUGCAACUGGUAGGGCAAUGUCAGUAGAUUUUUGGAUGCAAGCUUAUGCCGCACAUAGCUGGACCUGCAUGGAUCUUUAUGUUUUUGCAACUCCCUACAGGAUUACAUGGGACUACUACUUCUCUUCAAGAGAGCACACCUUGAAGUUUGAUUCAUGGGAAGAGCCUGCCGAAUUGGAAUAUGUAAAGCAGCAUGGGGUUUCUGUGUUUCUCAUGCCAUCAGGGAUGCUGGGAACCCUGCUUUCUCUAAUCGAUGUUGUGCCGCUCUUCUCAAACUCUGUGUGGGGUCAGAAGGCAAACUUAGAUUUCCUGAAGAAACACAUGGGAGCUACAUUUGAGGAACGUAGUCAGCCUUGGCGUGCAACUAUUGAUCCUGCAGAUGUUCAUUCGGGAGACUUCUUAGCCGUGUCAAAAAUUCGUGGUAGGUGGGGAGGUUUUGAGACUCUGGAAAAAUGGGUAACUGGUUCGUUUGCUGGUCAUACGGCAGUUUGUUUGAAGGAUGAAAUGGGCAAAUUGUGGGUUGGUGAAUCAGGGCACGAGAAUGAGAAGGGUGAAGAAAUAAUAGUGGUAAUUCCAUGGGAUGAAUGGUGGGAAUUGGCUCUCAAAGAUAAUUCCAAUCCACAGAUUGCCCUGCUCCCCUUGCAUCCAGAAAUGCGUGCAAAAUUUAACUCCACUGCUGCAUGGGAGUAUGCUCGGAGCAUGUCUGGCCAGCCAUACGGCUAUCAUAAUAUGAUAUUUAGUUGGAUCGACACUGUAGCUGAAAACUAUCCUCCUCCUCUUGAUGCUCACUUGGUAAUUUCUGUCAUGUCUAUGUGGACUAGAUUGCAACCAGCUUAUUCUGCAAAUAUGUGGAAUGAAGCAUUGAAUAAGCGGCUAGGAACUGAGGGUUUGGAUUUGCAUGAUAUUAUAGUAGAGACCGAGAAGCGGGGGAUACCUUUUGAUCAAUUACUGACCACACCAGAGCAAGAUGAAUGGGUAUAUAGUGAUGGAAAAUCAACAACAUGUGUUGCCUUCAUUCUUUCAAUGUAUAAAGCAGCUGGAAUUUUCGGUCCUGUCUCUAGCUCCAUUCAAGUAACCGAGUUCACUAUUCGGGAUGCAUACAUGCUCAAAAUUUUUGAGGACAACCAAACACGCCUGCCGAGUUGGUGCAACAAUGAGAACGACCGGCUUCCGUUCUGCCAGAUUCUCGGGGAAUACAGGAUGGAGCUGCCGGGCUACAACACCUUAGAGCCAUAUGCCAACAUGAAUGAGAACUGUCCUUCUCUUCCUCCAACUUAUGAUAGGCCUUCUCGAUGUUAGAUAUUUCUCUAUCAGUUAUCAAUCUUCAUAUUGAGUUGCCUAUUUGCUUUCAAGUCAUGGCAUCUGAUACUUCCCCAUUCUACAACUGUCUAUAUUAAUCCACGGAACGGGGAACAAAAUUUAUAAAGUUUUGACUUUAUUGCAUUCAGAAUCUGAACUCAGGAUCAUGAUCGCGAUUAUGAGAUUAAAGAAUAUGUUAUCUUUUAAUAAUCUUAUAUUGAUUAUUAUUACAUGUUAGUUAUGUUGAAACCAGAACAUAAAUAAAAUUGUAGAUUAAUAGGUAUGGUAUGUUCACAGGUU